AUGUCGGCGGCAGAGCCUUGGCGGUUCUUCUGCACCGCGGGCCGCGGGCUGGAGCCCUUCCUGGCGCGGGAGGUGCGGGCGCGGCUCGGCGCCACCGAGGUGGACUCCGUCUCGGGAAAAGUGUUCUUCAGGGCGGCGGCGGGGCCCGCAGAGCUGCGGCAGCUGCGGUCGGCGGAGCGCCUGUUCCUGCUGCUGAAGAAGCACAGCCCGCUGCCGGUGUCCGGGAACAGAGGGAAAAUGCUUCAUGAGAUUAAAAGCCUUGUCAUUGAGGACCCGAAAUACUGGCUGGAUAUUGUCUCUGUUUGGAGAAAGCUUCAUGGACACGAGGGGAAAACAGAUGAUGGCUCUAUAGAAAAUGCAUUGGCUCUGAAGAGAAAGUCAGAAGAAGAGACAAAUACUGCAAGUAAGAGGCAAAAGACAAAACAAGUGAGGACAGCUGUGUCUGAGGAGUGUCAGGUGGGAGCUGGAGAGACCUGUGAGGCACCAGCCAGAAUGAGCAGGCAGGAGUGCUGGACUGAGAGCAGGACUUGCUCAGAAUUGCCUUCCAUGGGCAGUGCAGAGGAUCCUGCUGCCCCUGAGGAGCUUGGCUUCAGCUUCAGGGUGUCGUGUCGCUGCAGUGGAGCCAUUGCCAGAACACUGACUUCACAGGAGGUCGGCAGAGCCCUUGGCACAGCCCUGGUGAAGCAGUGUGGGUGGCGAGCUGAUCUGCGGGACCCUGACCUGGAGAUCUUUGUACAUCUCAAUGACAUUCACUCUGUGGUGGGGAUUCCUCUUUUCAGGCUUCCAUUGGCAAACAGAGAGUACAUCAGAACAGCAGGACUGCGGUCAACAGUGGCAUGGGCCAUGGCAUCUCUGGCUGAAAUCAGGGCUGGUGCCCUUGUGCUGGAUCCCAUGUGUGGGCUAGGAACCAUCCUGCUGGAGGCUGCCAAGGAGUGGCCUGACGCCUGGUACUGGGGUGCUGAUAUAAGUGACUCACAGUUAGAGGGUGCAGAUGGCAAUAUCAGAGCUGCAGGCCUGGUGGAUAAGAUUGAGCUGCUGAAAGCUUCUGUGAAAGCACUGCCAUUGCCUUCAGAAAGCUUUGACAGCGUUAUUUCGGAUAUUCCAUUUGGGAAGAAGUUCAAGACCACGAGAGAUGCCCAGCUCCUACCAGAUCUUCUCCAGGAAAUGGAGAGAGUGCUUCGAGUUGGAGGGACCCUGGUGUUGCUGCUGAGCCAGGAGCUCCACAGACGCAUGGAUGGUUUGACCAGCAGUGCCGGAUGUGACCCUGCUGAGGCCUCUGCUGACGGUGACACUGGAGCAGCUCCUGCACAGGCCGUGGAUGGUUUGACCAGGAGUGCUGGACGUGACCCUGCUGAGGCCUCUGCUGACAGUGACACUGGAGCAGCUCCUGCACAGGCCAUGGAUGGUUUGACCAGCAGUGCUGGAGGUGACCCUGCUGAUGGUGACACUGGAGCAGCUCCUGCACAGGCCAUGGAUGGUUUGAUCAGCAGUGCUGGAGGUGACCCUGCUGAUGGUGACAGCAGAGCAGCCCCUAGUGUGGAUGGGAAUUCCUCCUCCUUGGCCCAGGGGCGUGCAGAACCUGUUCUCAGCAGACAUUUCGGGUCCCUGCUGCCAGAGGGUGUCUAUGCUGUUAGCCUGGGCAAGACUGAUGCUUUCAUCCACAAAUACAGGAAGGUGUCUGGGCCUGGGAGCUCUCCCAGGACUGGGACACUCCCUGGAGCUGGGAAUUCUCUGGGCCUGGGCUGAAGGGAACUGGAAAGCUUUGGGAGCAGCAGGGCAGGACUCGGUGGGGCUCUGCUGAUGCAGACACACCCACUGCCAUCCCUUAGAUUGCCUCACCUUCCUGGCAUGUCCUAAGGCACUGUGCUGUUGUGUCUCUGGUUUUCAGGAGAGGUGGAAUGUGACCGUGUUCACAGGGGUCUGAGGAUGAGGGAAGAGACGAGGAUCUGACUCCAUGUUUCAGAAGGCUGAUUUAUUAUUUUAUGGUAUAUAUUAUAUUAAAACUAUACUAAGAGAAUGGAAGAAAGGAUUUCAUCAGAAGGCCGGCUAAGAAUAGAAAAAGAAGGAAUGAUAACAAAGGCUUGUGGCUCGGACAGAGAGUCCCAGCCAGCUGACUGUGAUUGGCCAUUAAUUAGAAACAACUCUAUGAGACCAAUCACAGAUGCACCUGUUGCAUUCCACAGCAGCAGAUAACCAUUGUUUACAUUUUGUUCCUGAGGCCUCCCAGCUUCUCAGGAGGAAAAAUCCUAAGGAAAGGAUUUUUCAUAAUAUGUGUGUGACAGUGGAAGAUGCCAGUUCUGCUGUAUUGGAUAAAGUGUAUUGCAGUGUGGCAGAGUCCUCAAAUCCUUGUUUAGGCAAAGCUGCUCAGUAUUGGGAGGAGUUUCUGUAGGAGAGAAAGUCUUGAUUUGCAGAACUGCAAACCCAGAUGUGGUAGCCCAUGAUCUUUGGGCUGUGCACUCCAUCUAUUCAUUUCUAAGUAAUAUUUAAGCUACAAGUUUGUCUAUUCUAGUUAUUCUUCGGGUUCUAGUUAUUGUUUGGGUUGUUCUUAGGUGGAGGAUAGGCGAGCCCCCUGAGAUGCUGAGCAGGAAGGGAGGCUGAAGGAGAAGCAGCAGCACUGACAGCUGGAGUUGCAGCCAGUCCCAGGCCCUGGACACCAGCUCUGUUUUGUGUGUCCUGGGUCCUCCUUGCCCUGCCUGUCCCCCUCCCUCCUGCACUUUUGGGACACCUUUUUCUCUCCCCUGUACCUUUUCUUUUCUCUUGGUUCUUCUGUCCCAUCAAAAUAGGGCUUUUAGAACUGUACCAGCAUUAAAGAAAGGGCCCAAGGCAAUAGUGAAAGCACUCCCUCCUUUGGGUUUUAGCGUCCUUUGUACAAAGGCUGAGAUACCAAAAACCAAAAAUCAUUGCACAUUUUCUGUGAGAACUAAACAUAAAGACUUCUCACUGCUUUCCUAAGCCAUGCAGGAACACUGGAGGCCUUUUGGGAAGGGAAAAUUAUGAUAAAAUACAUUUCUGUAUGUUUCUGUGUCAAGCUUUUGACUGAAGAUCACCUUAAAGAGCAGAGUUUUGUUUAAUAAUGUUAUUUUGUUGACUUCAACACUGUUUCUCUCAAAUGUUUUUACUGAGAAAAGUAUAAAAUAGGACUAUAUUUGCAUUUUCAAACAUAUUUUUGUCCUUAAGUAUCUUGUAGUUAUUAAUGUGUAUUUUUGCAGAUGUGCAGUCUGUGAUAAAGAUAGCUUUCCUGCUUGACUUGGUGGCAAUGAUUUGUAAGAAGUUUAUAAACAUGCUGGGGUCUGCUCCAGGUAUGAAUGGCUUGUGGCUAUGGUUAUGCACCCAGUUUGUUAGAGGAGGAGCAGGGGAUGAGGCUUUCAGCCAUUGUUUUCCUUCUUCUCCUCAGAAUCUGUUGCAUCACUAUUGAAAAAUGUUCAGUUUCCCAUGCAUGUGUAAGAGAUCAUCUUUCUGGUAUUCAAUCUGGUAAGCUUCCUCUAUACAGCAUGCUGCUUCUCUAGAGUGAGGGCUGAGAUUUCUAGACGGGCUGAUGAGACCCCUCACCCAGGAGUAGACCCAGGUGUGGAAAAUCCUCAGUGGUGUGGGAAAUGGGAGGAUAUAGGCCAAAUCCUGAAGGAAUUCUCUGACCCUAUAGUCUGGGAUUUUCCCCAUGAACGAAUUCAGAACCCAGCUGAGGUGGGGAAGUAUCUGAAAGAGAAGUAGCAGGAUGACCCUAAGGAGGAAAAUAUCAUUGCAGUGAGCUGGGCCCUGGCUUGUGCUUAUCGCACACUGCAAGAUAAUGUAGGGCAGCAGACAGAGGCAGGGGGGCAGGGAGAUAAAUCAGCAACUGUCCCGGUGACUCAAGCUGCAGCUAACACUCCAGGCUCGAAGCCAGACCAGAUAGUGAGCCUAGGCCAGCAGCUAAACCCUAUAGUGAGCCUAGGCCAGCAGCUAAACCAGACAAUGAGCCUCAAUCAAUGGCUGUGGCUACCAGCACUAGAAGUGGAAAGUUCACGGACAAGACCGAUGGACCAGUGGAUGAUGAUGAUGAUACAGGAGAAGGACCUUCAAUGCCUCCUGACAUAAAAUCAGGAGUCAAAGCAGCAGGUGCAAGAUCAGAAGCCAAUAUUGAGUCCUUUUCCCUGAAGGACUUUCGUGGCUUACGGAAGGAUUACACACGAUGACCCGAUGAAUCCAUAAUUAGUUGGCUGGUCCAUCUCUGGGAUGCUGCAGACGAGGCUACAAUUCUGGAUGGCACUGAAGCCAAGCAUUUGGGAUCCCUGUCGCAGGAUCCUGUCAUCGGCCAAGGAAUGAUGAGGGGGGCUAAUCCACACAGCCUCUGGGCACGGGUCCUGAAAAUUGUUGCACAAAGAUACCUGUGUGCAGAUGAUCUCUAUAUGCAACAAACCCAGUGGAAGACCAUAGAGCAAGGGAUCCAACACCUGAGAGAAAUGGCAGUGGCAGAGAUUAUCUUCUCAGAUGAUGUAACAACUAGGAACCCAGACUCAGUACCAUGCACGUCUGUGAUGUGGUGGAAACUUGUACGACUUGGGCCACACGAAUAUGCUUCUGCCUUAGCCAUAAUGAAGAGGGAUGAGAGGGAUGAGACUGUGCUUGACAUGGCAAGGAAACUCCAAGCAUAUGCAGAUGCUGUACAUGGCCCAACACAUGCCAGAAUCGCAGCAGUAGAAACAUGUCUGCAGAAAUUGGAGGAUAAGAUAGAGGAGAAUCACAAGAAGCUCAGAGAGGAGAUUAAAGACAACCUUCUCCAUAUCUCAGCAUUACGGAUCAGAGAUUCUGGUGCCCAACACAGACGUUCCCCAGAUGGUGAGAGAAGGUACACCCCACAAGCUGAUCUGUGGUUCUACCUGCGUGAUUGUGGGGAAAACAUGAGGAGAUGGGAUGGAAAACCUACUGCUGCUCUGGCACAACGGGUGCGUGAAUUGAAGGAAGACAGGGCUCAGAGAGGGAGUUCUACCAAAAGGAAAGCAGCUCCAGUUGCCCGCAGCAGAACUGCUAGGUAUGAUGAUGAUGACAUGUCUAAUCCCCUUCAAGGAAUAUCCAAGACAUAUGCCCAGGGAAAGAAGGAUAACCAGGCUUAGAGGGGCCCUGCCUCUAGCCAGGUAGAGGCCAGGGAAAAUCAUGUUUUCUGGUCUGUGUGGAUUCGUUGGCCUGGCACAUGGGAACCACAAGAGUACAAAGCUUUGGUUGACACUGGUGCGCAAUGCACAUUAAUCCCAUCAAGACGUGUGGGGACAGAGUCUGUUUCUAUUGCUGGUGUGACAGGGGGAUCCCAGGGUUUCACUUUGGUGGAAGCUGAUGUGAGCCUAAUGGGAAAUGAGUGGAAGAAACAUCCUAUUGUGACUGGCCCAGAGGCCUCAUGUAUUUUGGGCAUAGAUUACCUCCAAAGAGGGUCUUUCAAGGACCCAAAGGAUCUCAGGUAGGCAUUUGGGAUAGCAGCUGUAUUGACAGAGGACAUCCAGCAAUUGAACACCUUGCCUGGGUUGUCUGAGAAUCCAUCUGCAGUAGGGCUUCUGAAGGGAGAAGAGCAACAGGUGCCAAUUGCCACUUCCAUAGUGCAUCGACGGCAGUAUAGGACCACUCGAGGUGCUGUGGUUCACAUCCAUAAGAUGAUCCAAGAGCUGGAGAGCCAAGGGGUGGUCAGCAAGACCCACUCACCCUUCAACAGCCCCAUUUGGCCUGUGCGAAAAUCUGAAGGAGAAUGGAGAUUGACUGUGGACCAUCGUGCAUUGAAUGAAGUGACUCCACCACUGAGUGCUGCCGUGCCAGACAUAUUAGAGCGCCAGUAUGAGCUUGAGUCCAAGGCAGCAAAGUGGUAUGCCCCUAUAGACAUUGCCAAUGCAUUUUUCUCCAUUCCUCUGUCAGCAGAAUGCAGGCCUCAGUUUGCCUUCACAUGGAGGGGAGUGCAGUACACCUGGAACCGACUGCCCCAGGGGUGGAAGCACAGCCCCACCAUCUGCCAUGGACUGAUCCAGACUGCACUAGAAAGGGGAGAGGCUCCAGAACAUCUGCAGUAUAUUGAUGACAUCAUUGUGUGGGGGAAGACAGCUGCGGAAGUGUUUGGGAAAGGGAAGGAAAUCACCCAGAUCCUCCUGGGAGCUGGUUUCGCCAUUAAAAAGAGCAAAGUAAAGGGAUCAGCUCGUGAGAUUCAGUUCCUGGGAGUGAAGUGGCAAGACGGACGGCGUCAGAUUCCGUCAGAUGUCAUCAACAAGAUCACCGCAAUGUCUCCACCCACCAAUAAGAAAGAGACACAAGCUUUCUUGGGUGCAAUAGGUUUUUAGAGGAUGCAUAUUCCUGAGUACAGUCAGAUCGUGAGCCCUCUCUACCUGGUCACCCACAAGAAGAACACUUUCCACUGGGGCCCUGAACAACAACAAGCCUUUGCACAGAUCAAGCAGGAGAUCGCUCAUGGAGUGGCCCUUGGCCCAGUCAGGACAGGACCAGAGGUGAAGAACGUGCUCUACUCUGCAGCUGGGAACCAUGGCUUGUCCUGGAGCCUUUGGCAGAAGGUGCCUGAGGAGACUCGGGGUCGACCACUGGGAUUUUGGAGUCGAAGCUACAGAGGCUCUGAAGCCAACUACACUCCCACAGAGAAGGAAAUCUUGGCUGCCUAUGAAGGAGUCCAGGCUGCCUCGGAGGUAAUAGGCACUGAAGCACAAGUCCUCCUGGCACCCCAACUACCAGUGCUGGGGUGGAUGUUCAAAGGCAAGGUUCCUUCCACUCACCAUGCCACCAGUGCUACUUGGAGCAAGUGGAUUGCUGUUAUCACCCAGCAUGCCCGUCUAGGUAAACUGAAUUGCCCUGGGAUUCUGGAAAUAAUGACAAACUGGCCGGAAGGUGAAAACUUUGGUCUCUCUGAUGGAGGGGAACAAGAAGCGACACGGGCUGAGGAAGCUCCACCAUACAACCAACUGCCAGCAGAAGAUCCACGAUACGCUCUCUUUACUGAUGGUUCGUGCCGCAUUGUGGGAAUGAACCAGAAGUGGAAAGCAGCCACAUGGAGCCCCACACGACAGGUGGCAGAGGCCACUGAAGGAGAAGGUGGAUCAAGCCAACUUGCUGAACUCAAAGCUCUUCAACUGGCCCUAGACAUUGCCGAAAGAGAGAAAUGGCCAAAGCUCCACCUCUACACUGAUUCAUGGAUGGUAGCCAAUGCUCUGUGUGGGGAUGGCUGGAGAGGUGGAAACAGGCUAACUGGCAGCGUAGAGGAAAACCAAUUUGGGCUGCUGAAGAGUGGAAAGACAUUGCUACGAGGGUAGGGAGGCUACCUGUGAAGGUCCGACAUGUAGAUGCUCACCUUCCCAAGAGUAGAGCUAAUAAGGAGCACCAAAACAAUGAGCAAGUAGACCAGGCUGCAAAGAUAGAGGUGUCAAAGAUAGACUUAGAUUGGCAACAUAAGGGAGAGUUAUUCCCAGCUCGAUGGGCCCACAAUGCCUCAGGCCAUCAGGGCAGGGAUGCCACCUGUAAGUGGGCACGAGACCGAGGGGUGGAUCUAACCAUGGACAAUAUUGCUCAGGUUAUCCAUGACUGUGAGACGUGUGCUGCCAUCAAGCAGGCCAAGCGAGUGAAGCCCCUCUGGUACGGUGGGCGGUGGUCCAAGUACAAGUAUGGGGAGGCCUGGCAGAUUGACUCCAUCACACUGCCCCAGACAUGCCAGGGCAAGCACUAUGUGCUGACCAUGGUGGAAGCCACCACGGGAUGGUUGGAAACCUACCCUGUGUCUCAUGCUACUGCCCUGAACACCAUCCUGGGCCUGGAAAAGCAAGUUCUGUGGAGACAUGGCACCCCUGAGAGGAUUCAGUCAGACAAUGGGACUCAUUUCAAGAACAGCCUUAUCAACACCUGGGCUAGGGAACAUGGCAUUGAGUGGGUGUACCAUAUCCCCUACCAUGCACCAGCUGCAGGCAAAGUGGAGAGGUACAACGGACUGUUAAAAACCACAUCGAAAGCCUUAGGUGGGGGAUCUUUCAAAAACUGGGAGCAGCAUCUGGCAAAAGCCACCUGGUUAGUUAACACCCAAGGCUCUACUAACAGAGUGGGCCCUGCCCAAUCUGAGCCUUUGCAGAGAGUAGAUGGAGACAAAGUCCCAGUGGUACAUGUCAGAGGUUUGUUAGGGAAGACAGUUUGGAUUAAUCCUGCCUCGAAUACAGACAAACCCAUUUGUGGGGUUGUUUUUGCUCAGGGACCAGGUUGCACAUGGUGGAUAAUGCAAAAAGAUGGAAGAACACAAUGUGUACCUCAGGGAGAUCUGAUUGUUGGGUGAGACCUAUAUGUAAAUAUCACUGUUUGCUGAAUGUUAUUACCUUUGUGUAUAGCUGUAUACUGGAUGUAUAAUGUAUGUGUUUGUAGAGUUAGAAUUUAUAUUAGUUUUAGUAGUAAGCGGACGAUAUGGGGAUAAGAGGUGCAAUGUCCUAGGUUGACUAUAUGAUGCUUUUAUCCCCAGUCAUCUUGUCCUGUUUAUGCUGAAUAAUAAUUUGCACAUUUAAGACUUGUUCCAGAGAGUGAAGGGGGGAGAGAAGAAGCGCGCAGUUUGUUUUCAGACACUGCACUCACUCCUCCACAUUCCUGCUCCUGACUGUGUUGUCUGCAGAUGGACAGACUGUGGGACUGAGCUCUCCUUUGCUUUUAGUUAGUGUUAGCUAGCUGAGCCAAAGAAGUUCCCUGGACUAGUUUUUUCUUUUUUCUUUGGACCUCUUGAAACUGCUCUGGACUGCAUACCUGGGGGAGCACCGGCAGCUGCAGCUGUGGCCCACCGGGCCAGGCCUGGCCUGGGAACAUUUGCAGCACCAGAGGGAGUGAGUGAGCUGAGCUGCAACCUGGGGAGGGGAUUUUGUCAGUUUGUCAUCUCUUUUGGAGCUGCAAGAGGUUUUAUUGUUUAAUAAACAGAUUUCUUCCACUUU